GUUAAACUUUUUAUUCACCCUUCAGUUUUAAACAGACCAUAUUGAAGUGUACAUAAGCUGUACAAUGUUCCUACACGGCUAACUUGAGAGUAAGAGGGUAAGUAACCAAGGAGGUUCACCAACGAAGACAGAAAGAUGUUAAGUUUCUUACUAGGGGGAGGAGAGAUAAAAGAGUUCACACCUACUGAAGCUGCAGAAUGGUUUGCAGAGAAAUAUCUUCCAGAUCUUAGAAAAGUAAGCGUCAAGUUCCCGGAAGAAAAGACAGAUUAUGGUCUUGAAAUACAAUCUCCAGUUGGAAUGAGUACAGAUGAAUGGGAAAAGAAGACCGAAACAAUGAAUACAGAAGAAAAGGGAAAGUUUGAAACUUUUAAGACUCAUUAUGAUGGUGCUGAAGCUGAGUACAAAGUCUGGAAGUACUUAGAAAGGAUUCCAGAAUCAACAAGAACAGCGGUCUUCCAUAACUAUAAUGUCAAUAUGUUCCAAAGAUUCACAGGUCAAGCAGAAGGAAAUCAAGAAUUUGAUUUUUUUCUUGUAUUCGGGGAUAUUAGGAAGAUUGUUCACAUAGAAGUCAAGGCUGCCUAUAAGAGAGCCCCGGGUUGGGUUGAUCAGCUAAAGAGAGGCGAGGAGUUCUACAAAGAAGUUCUAGCUGCUGCUGGUAUAGAUGGCAAGGACUGGGAGUUUAUACCUAUUGGAGCUUUUCCUAAUGCUGAUAAACAGAAGAAGGUAAAGGGAGCUUCAACAUUUUUACACAACAAUCACAGUGGGAGGGUUAUUACAAAGCAAGAUAUAACUACAGCUGGAAGCCUUGAAGAGCUUUUGGGUUUUAGGCAACAACAAAAAUUCCCUAUUGAUGAAUCAUAUCUUACACUGGUGAAUCUUUUAAUGGCAUCUGCACACUGUUCUAAAUCUGCAGCUUCUCUCUCCCUGACUCCCUCAGACCCUAUGGAGGCAACAAAAGAGAAACUUAUCGGACCAAAUGGUCAAGAUUUAGGUAUUGGGGUGUCAAAUGACCCAGGGCCUUCAAGUGUCACAGUUCCAUUCUCUUCCUUGAAAGGAAAACCUGUUGGUUCUUUGGACAGCAUACUUUUCUGGAACAAGAGUCAAGCUCAGUUCAUGUUUCAAGAUGUUCCAAGAUGUUUGGUAAAAGGGGACUAUGGGUCAGGAAAAACUCUUGCAAUCUUUGCGAAGCUUAAGUCUCUGGUGGAAAAUGGAUGUAAGGUUGCAUUCAUCUCAUGCUUGCUUCCAAGGAGUAUGGAUAAAGAUGAUUAUGGAAAAUGGAUGAAUGUAACUCCUGUUGAAAAAAUGGGUAAAUGGCAUUCAUUACUUGUUGGUUCUCCUAGUGAUGGUCUCACUCCAAUAUAUGAGAUUCUCAUGAGAAGAAAUAUAGACGCAUUGGGUAAAAACUGCAAGUUUUACAGUGCCCAAGAAAUCUGUAAGGAAAUGGGGGUUGAACGAUUUGAUGAUACAGAAAAGAGUUUUUAUUCUGUGCUUGAUGGGUUUAUUCAGAAUCUGCCUAAAAAGUUUACAACAGUUAUUUUGGAUGAGUUUGGAGACAAUUUGAUAAGAGAUAGUCCGGAUUGGGAUUUGGUAAAGGGCUAUACAGAUCCAUUCUUGAAAGUAACUGAUUCCUUAGCAAGGGCUAGCAUUAGCAAUUUGAUAAUAGCUCUUUAUCCUGACUGUAAAAUUGAUAAUAAGAAAUUAGAGAAUCAGGGAUACAAGGUUACUGAGUUGAAGUAUAUAAUGAGGAACACAGCUUCCAUCUAUAAAUAUGAAAAAUCUCUAACUAAAUCUGAGAGAGAUGGAGUAUCAUCAACAGUGCUUGGUCUUCACCCUGUUUAUAUAUCUGGUAAUGGAGAUGAAAAUUUCUACAGGAACGUAGUGAAAGCAGUUUGUGAGAGGAGCAAGAAGUUUGUCUGCCUCACUCCAGGGGGCACUAGUUUUAGUUAUGAUGAUGCAAAGUUUAAGGCAGAACUUUUCAGGAAAGAUAUAAAACCAUUUGAAUAUCAGGCAGUAGGAGAUGAGAUGAACCUGGAGGAAUUUCUAAAAUCGCAGGAAGGUUGUCUCAUCACUAGUUAUGAGAAUGCCAGGGGAACUGAGUGUUCAACCCUACUGGUCUUUGAGAAGGUAGAAUCAGACUCCAGAAAGUUACGAGGAACUACACACCUUGUAGUUGCGCAAUUAGAUAGUAGUAGCAAUCCUCAUAGCGUGACAGAACCUGAGCCUGGUCAUGUUCUUAUCCAAGGAAUGAUGAAUGAUCCCUCUGUCUGGUGUAGUCUAGUAGAUAAGAUUGAGGAGUAUGAAGGGAAAAGAUACAUACUACUUUUUGAUUGGAAAAAUGGAGAUAUAAUAUUCCAGGAUGAGCUGGAAAGAAGAGGUUUACCUCUUCCUGUAACUAAAACUAAAGAUACAAAAUCAAACUAUUCUGUGGAAGAUGUAAAAACACAUUUACAAGACAUACCAGGCGGCAUAAUAUACAGCAGGAAGGAUAUUGAGGAUAAUUGUCUGGAUUGGUUUGUGGACAGUCGUAGACCUAUUAUAGUCAUCUGUGAGACUGGAUAUGGAAAGGGAGACGUUGAACGUAUUUGUGAAGGAAACCCAUCCCUCUUCAUAAAUGUUAAACUGAGCUAUACUAGGAGAUAAAACAAAAAAGAAAUGUUAAACACUUACUGGAGAACAACUAUGUACAUAUUUGGAUUUAAAGAUUAAUAAACUUUAAACCUAUA